UCUUUAGUGAUAAUUUUAAGAAUCAUACAAGUUGAAUCUAUCAAUAUGAAUUCAAAAAACAUUUAUAUUAUUAUAUUUUGUUCACAUUAUUUAUUGGUAACAAGUGCACUAAAUUCAACUCAGUCUCAGAGUUCGGAAAAAUUGGGAAAACUAGACUCCACUAGAACAGAUGAAAAUAGAUCAGUGACUACAAAAGAUAAAAACCAUUUCUAUUUUAGAAAUAGGUCAAUUAGGUGUAACGCAGUUAAUAAUGAAAGUCAAAAAAAUUUAGAAGAUUUCAUUAAAUGGUUAAAUGAAAAUGUCGUUGACACACAAGAUAAUAUGGCUGAAUCAAGUGUGUCACAGGAUUCAUUUAAAACAGAGGAAGAUAGAUUAGAUUCAAUUAAAACAGAGGAAGAUAGAUUAGAUUCAAUUAAAACAGAGGAAGAUAGAUUAGAUUCAAUUAAAACAGAGGAAGAUAGAUUAGUACCAGAAAGUUCUUCAAAAAUAAAGGAGCCUCUAAGAAUAAUAUUUGGCGAAAAAGAAAAUACUGUAUAUUACGGCUAUGGAAAAAAAUCAUUUGAAACUAAUGAAGAAGGUCAAAAAAGUUUACAAGAAUAUAUUGCAAAUUUUGAUGACGAUGAAAUUAUUCUCUUAAAUCCAAUUGAAUAUGAAAAUAGUUUGGAUUCUGAGUCUAAUAAAGAGUUUAUACAAGAUUUAGAUGAUAUUUAUUACGACUCAGAAUGGUUAUCAGAAGAGAUUUCUGAUCAAGAACUAGCCAAUUUCGAACUUGAAAACUUAUCAAUCUAACCUAAAGAAACGUGUUCGAUUAAGAAAAAAUUAAUUGAAUAUUUUAAUGUAUUUAAAUUAGAGGAAAAUAAAUAUUUUUAAAUAAA